AUGUCCACACUGGAAGAUGUGAAUUGGAUGAAAGUUGUUCAUCUAGGUGUGGAUGCAGACUCCUUAUCUAUAGUGGAAAAUAUGAAAAUACAAAUCCGAAGUUUCCGAUGUCGACGUAUUUUUCACUUAAUUCUAGUUGUCAUAAUAAUCUUUGUCAUAACAAGUUUACUUAGCUACUUUUAUGAAGAGGUUCCUAAAUUCCCAAAGCCACCGAUAAUCGGACCUCCAUCUAACCUUCCAGAGUCUGACCAGGAUUUUCGUCAAAUCCAACCACCUGCACAAAUACCUAUAGAAUCUGAUGUUUUAGAAAAUGCAAAACAGCUUCCUACUCAAACACUUCCUAUUUCUAAAAAUCUUUCGCCAAUUGCAGCUUUCAAAUAUGGAACACUUAUUUCCAAGGAAGAAAUUCAAGGUGGCGUUCCUGCAAAUAAGAGAGUAGCCUCUAUGCGAGAUAAGGUUCGAGAGAUGAUGAAGUUUGCUUGGAAUGGUUAUGUUACCUAUGCAUGGGGAAGUAAUGAAUUGAAACCGUAUUCAAAAACUGGCCACUUACCCUUGUACUUGGAAAUGAACCACUCGGGGCUUCCUUAG